AUGGCAGCUCCACGGCCCCUAUGUCGUUCCACUCUCAUCAAGAAGGCAGGACGCUACCGCAUGCUAUCAAGCCUUCUCUCUGUGCUCGAUAGAUACCUCUCGUGGCCACUACCGCCAAAGCCAAAAAUCGAGAUAGCAAUACCUUCUACAGUCAGCAAGUGUCCUGGCUCAAUCGAUCUACAAAUCUACACUGCGCCAUCGAAGAGCAUUUCUUCGAGAGUCCAAUACACAACUUCACCUCGUCCAGUACUGAUAAAUUUCCAUGGUGGCGGAUUUUCCAUUGGAACCGCACUUGACGAUUCUCGAUGGGCAGGAGCCGUGUUGAACGCCUAUCCAGAUGCCGUGGUGGUAAGCGUCAACUACCGCCUGGCUCCAGAGCACCCGUUCCCAACAGCAUUAGACGAUGGCGCCGACGCCAUCCUCUGGCUCUGGGAGCGAGCCGACCAAUACAAUCUUGACAUAGAUCGCUUUUGCUUGAGCGGGUUCAGUGCAGGUGGUAACCUAGCACUGAGCGUACCAUUGCGACUACAGGACAUAUUGCACCAAAGAAGCCAGGAAUCAAGCAAAAAGAUAUCACUGGCUGGACAGAUUGCGUUUUAUCCAAGCGUAGACUGGACGCGAACACGCGCAGAGCGAGAUGCUACGAAUCCCAUCUCCUCAGAAAAAUCCAUGAUUUCACCAUCUUUGUUUGAGUUCUUCGAUAAUUCUUACCUUCCUCAUGCUGCGCUUCCAAAGUUCUCGGGUACAGACCGGGUGGAUAUGUCUCAUCCUUAUCUUUCGCCCGGUAUAGCGCCCGAGUCGACUCUGCUUCCGGCUUAUGCACCUGCUGUUGCGGUUUAUACUUGUGCAUGGGACCAGCUGCUUGUGGAAGGUAAUACCUUUCGUGAAAGGUUGGCUGGUUUUGUAAAUGAUGGCAAGAUGACGAGCGUGGGUGGGUUCGUGGUCGAAGACGUUGUCCAUGGGUUCGACAAGAUGCCGUCGUUUUGGAAAAAGGCUCCAGCUAGGGCAAAGGUGUAUGAUGAUGCUCUCAAGCAAUUAGGGGCUAUGUGGAAGACCGACUGA